GUCAAGUCAAGAUACCGUACUCUUUGGACUAAAGGGCUCAGUAGCUCAAAUAAUGAUGUCUUGGGUACAGAAGUACAUGUAUGUUGCUAGGAGUUCAUUGCUGACUAAACGGAUAUGCAAAUUGCCGAGGAGACAAGUUCAGCGAUGUUUUUGGACUGGAGGAAUCUGGAACAAACUCGGUAUACGUACAGUGAAACAGUGGGUGCCAAGUUCAAGCUCCAUGAGAUGGAGUCAUACUUUGGGUCCAAGUUCAGCAGGAAAAUUGAUGAACCCCAGUCUCGCCAUUGACCAACUGAGCUCUGACAAUGAUAACAAAAUUCUGAUUGUUACUUGGUCUGAUGGUGCAGUGAGCAGAUACAAUACAUCGUGGUUGAGGAUAAACUGUCACUGCAGUGCAUGUAAACAGCCUGAUUCGGGUCAAAGGUUAAUCAAUAUUACAGAUUUUCCUGCUCAUCUUACAAUUCAAACAUCAUCUUAUCAACAUGAUGGAGAGUCUGGUUUCAUUAGAGUGAAAUUUAUUGAAGAAGAUGAUCACGAAUGCAUUGUUCCUGUGACUUGGUUGAAGCAGCAUAGUUAUUCUCCGAUUGACCUUGAGGUCAAAGCAAGGUUACGGGAUGUCAAAUAUCUAGAUAGUACCAUUAAAAGUUUUGGAUGGGCGGAUGUCGCAAGUUCAGAAAGUGACUUAUUUGAGUGGCUUGAUCAUCUGAAUACAUAUGGUGUAACAAUACUGAACAAUGUACCCUUGAGUCACGAAUCAGUUUCCAAGGUUGCUAACCUGAUUGGGCCAGUAACAGAGACUCUGUAUGGAUCUAGUUUUGAUGUAAGAUCAGAGGAUAAACCUAUCAAUGUUGCAUACAGCUCAGUAAGCCUUGGCUUCCAUAUAGACCUAGCCUAUUACGAGUCUCCGCCCGGUCUUCAGCUCCUACACUGCUUACAAUUCGAUGAUGUGGUUACAGGUGGAGAGAGUAUUUUUAUCGAUGCUUUCCAUAUUGCGGAAGAAUUCAGAAGAAAGUUCCCCCAUCAUUUUGACAGCCUGACAAGGAUACCAGCCACCUUCCAAAAAUUCCACUUUGAAAGAGCUAAUCCUGCCGCAUACAUCUACCAGAGGCCACACAUCAAUGUGAAUAGUAGAACAGGCCAGAUUACUGCUGUAACAUGGUCCCCGCCAUUUGAAGGACCCCUCUUUGUACCUGAGGAAGAUGUAGAGCCAUACUACCAGGCAUAUCGAGAAUUUAGUAAUCAAUUGGAGACUUCAGAUAAAGUGGUGUCAUAUAGGUUACAGGAAGGUGACUGUGUUAUAUUCAAUAACAGAAGAAUCCUCCAUGGAAGAACACAGUUCCAGCAAAAUGGUGGAGUUCGACACUUACGGGGAUGUUACGUGAACAUCGAUGACUUCCGAUGCAAAGUUCAGUAUCUACACGAGAAGCGAGGCCUUGGACAACUUGCCAAGCGGGUUGGAAACCAGUGUAUGUUCUAAACUUGAGCUAAUUGUAUAAGAGGAUUUACAGCUAAAGCCGUUAACCGUCAGCUUGAUGCUGAGAUUCAGAGAGAUGUUAUAUUUUCUUGGCAAGUCCGACAGGAAAGUGAUGAAAUUGCUUGCGAUGUGAUAUAUGAUAAUGGGCUGUUUGUAUUUUUUGGAUGAGAUUUUUUUUUACAGUACUAUUUUACAUAAAUCUUUGCCAAGAAUUGUUGUGUGAUUGUUAUUUUUUCUACAUACAAGUCUUUAUAAUAUAAAACAAAAAUCUUGAAUUUCUAACAAUGCUGUAGUCAUAAUUCAAAUAGCUUCCAGUGGGAUUGUAUUAUCUUGCCCCUCCCCCUCCCUCUCUCUGUGCCAAGAAAGAAAUCUCUUUGCCAGCAUGCCUUAUAUGUAGAUUCUCUUUGUUUUUGUAUUUGAUGAAACAGUUUCAAAUUUGGGUCAGGAGAUGGAAUGUCAUAAAUGCAUUCUUCGUCAAAACAAAAACUGGUGGUAUUUUUCAGU